GCCUCUCGCGGCUGCCACCAUUGACAACUUCAGACGUUCGUACAUCACCAUAUUCGAAUUAUUCACAUCACAAGUAAAAGUUCAACCACGUAAAAGUGCGAAUUGGAUCAGCACGAUGGUAUCCAACAGGAUUUCAGCGCUGGGUUUCCUCUUCCUGGCUUACAUAACCUCAAACAAUAACUUCACUUGUGCAUUGGAAAUUGAUCAGGUCAACAUCAUUGUGACAAGAUUAUCAAAUAAAACUGAGAAUAUUCGAUACUACCCAAUCAGAUGGAAUAACACAGAAAUCAUAAACAUAGAAGUCACCGCGAAUGCCUCCUUCUUUGUGGUGCAGGUGCACAGUUUUUCAAGUCCUGUUAUUCUAUCCAACGAUAAGCUGUUACAACGUCAAUAUAGUGUCAGGGGGAAUAGUGUAGGCUUGGUACAGCGAAAUAUACACAGCGAAUCAAGAUACAGAUUUUACGUACAGAACAACAUAACCGAUGGUCUAAUGAUAAUUGCUGUAACGACAUACGGAAAGAACGAUCCGAUUCCAGGUGGUUGCAACUUGACGUUUGACGUGGAAGACGCUCCCUACCAAGUUUUGAAUUACACAGAUGAUUUAAUAACGAUAGAUGCACAAGCUGCUUCAGAAAUUGCGAGAUUUUGCGAGAAUACGAGAGUAUCGCUCGAGAUGUACCAUAUGCGUCUAACGAGAUGGGAUUUCACUGCGGACAGUUUCUACCGGAGCAUAGAAAAAAUGAUCACGGUCGAAGGGAUUAGAAAGAACGGCGUUAAAGAAUGGGCAUCCCCCUACAAGAACAAACUAAGACGCUUCUUCGUCAACUACGCAGGAACAGGUACGGUUUAUGCUAUAAUAGCAACAUAUGAUGGCCAUUCUUCGGCGUACGUACCAAUUUUGUCGUACGGAUGUGACAUAAGCAAUGGCAAUUGCAGCCCCGUUACUGAUCAUGGUGACAAAUACGCAUUAGCAUUUCUAUUUACUUUGUUUGGAAUCCAAAUGAUUCUAUUUGGACGAAAAUUGACUAUACCACAAUGCAACAGACACGGCAUACUAAAAUGGAUAUGUUUGGCUUUCAUAGUAAUCCCACUUUUUCUUCUAGAAAUUAGUAUCUAUUAUCUACUGGGCGCUUCAUUUUUGAUUUUAGCACUAUUUACGGUAUCAAAUGUAUUAAUCGUCACUUCACAGAUCAUCAGUAGCAUUUAUAUUGCAUAUAUUGCAACCUGUGCUAUAUUUUUCUUUACGCCGUGGCUGGGCGAUAUGGUUGUCUUCCAGGAGGACUGGUGCUAUUGGUUAGUUUUCGUAACAACAGUAUUCGCAAUGUACACAUUUUCACGGCAAUUUAACUGGAACGUGUUACUCGAUAUGCAACUAUCCAUUGGCAUCAGCUACUUCGUUGGAGGAAUAUUACUGUACAUGUUCCUGUACAACUAUAAACGUCUGACUGUCACAAACUUCAAUUACGCCAUCUCGGAUCCACCUAUCACAUACUUCGAAUAUAUCAACUUGUUGGUUGUUCUCGUAAUUUCAAGGCUGGUCCUCUUCUUGGUGAAGUUUGCGAACAAAAUAUCUUCUGCGUUCGUGAGACGGUUUUCUUCGUCAACAGUUAUUCAGUCUUCCGUUACACCGAGUGUUCCAGACGAAGCAACACCUUUGUUGCUUUAGUUUUAAGGAUUUUUUUUUUGAAAUAU